AUGUUAACUUUAUUAAUUGUUGGUCUUGAGAUAUAUUUCACUGCCAUUGAUGUACAAACUAGUAUCAAUGUGGAAGCAUUAUAUGCAGACCUUGGUCAUUUUAAUCGACAAGCCAUCCAGAUCUCUUUUCCAUUUUUCGUUUAUAUUCCUUUGGUUCUAGUAUAUACAGGCCAAGCUGCUCGUUUAGUUUUAGAUCCUACCUUAAUUUCCAAUACUUUUUGGUUAACUACUCCUACUAAUCCUGGAAUUUAUUGGACUAUAUUUGUUUUAGCUAUUUUUGCUACAAUUAUAGCUUCUCAGGCUAUGAUUUCUGCUACUUUUUCUUUAGUUUACCAAUCGAUGCAAUUAGAUUGUUUCCCUAAUGUUAAG